UUUGUAUCAUCCUUUCUAUUCUUUCUCUGGUUUGAAAAAUGUGGACGCAGCAAGUGCUGCCUCUACCAAGCCAGAAAGUGUUGCUGUGUUGUUCAUCUUCAAAAAACUCAUGUUUUGUGAGGACCCAUAAUAGCAAAAAGGGUUAUGGAAGAGUAAAGGCAUUAACUUUGGAAGAACUUCCCCCAAACGCGCUUCGCAGGAAGAGAGAACCACAUUGGAGAGGAGGCUUCAGCCUUGGACUCGACUUGGGUUUGGCUCGCACUGGCCUUGCCCUAAGCAAAGGCUUCUCUAUUCGCCCUUUAACCGUUUUGGAACUGCGAGGACAGAAGCUUGAGGUUCAGAUUAUUAACAUUGCUGAACAAGAGGAGGCUGACGAGUUUAUAAUUGGACUUCCAAAAUCUUUUGAUGGAAAGGAAACGCCUCAGUCAAACAAAGUCCGAAGUGUUGCAGGAAGGCUUGCUGUUUGUGCAGCUGAGAGGGGUUGGAGAGUAUAUCUACAGGAUGAACAUGGGACAACAACAGAAGCUGUAGAUCGAAUGAUCAACAUGGGUUUAGGUAAGUCCUCUCAGCAGAAGAAGCUUGACGCCUAUGCCGCCAUGAUGGUACUGGAGAGAUAUUUCUCCACAUCAGGUCAAGGUACUGAACUUGUUUUGCCCAAGAAUCAAGAAUUACAAGCAAAGCUUCAAAGGGGUCCUCCCAAAGAUGUUGAUUUUUUCUCGGAUGAAGAUUAAUCUCAGAAUGUAUGCUCUGUGCCAUUAGCUUCUAUGAUGAAUUUUAUGGUGGUUGCCUGGUAAGGAUUGAUGACAUGGGAAACAGCGUACUUGUUCCAUUCCGUCAUGUUUACACAUUACAAGUAUGCAUGAAAAAGUUUUGAGAAAAGAUAAAGAUAUUCAAACAAUCAGUACUCUACAUGAAGGAUUUUGAUUUUACAACUGGAAAGGGAAAGCAGCAAGGAAAGCAUUACUGUUCAAUGCAUUAAAAUUAUUGUAAAAGAAAUAUUUAUAAUAGGAAGAAUCCUGACCACUUUCAUUUUUGAGCAGGCUGUUAUUGGGUAAUCUUUUAGGUGGACACUCAAAUAACCUGAGCUCACUCUGAGUGAGACCAACAUGAGAUUUCACCCAAUAACAAAGAAAUGUAAAAAGAAAAAAAAAUCAUAAUUUUAUUUUUAGUUUUCAUACUUUAAUCUUUGUGCAGUUUUAAUUUUCAUAAUUUUAAUUUUUCACAUUUAGUCUUCUUAAUUUCUCAAUUAUUUAAAUUAACUCUCGUGCCUCGAAAUUUCAUCUAAUGAACAAAAAUAUAAUGAAUGUAUGAUAUAUUAUUGAUUUG